AUGGGAGGGUGCUUCUCCUUGGACGGCGACGUGCGCGGCGGCGUCUGCGCAGCAGGGCGGGCCGAACGACGCGGUCGACUAUUUCUUCCAGACGCGCGGCCUCCGCGGCCUCUACACGCCCAUCGAGCUGUCAUUUUCAGCAUCGAAGUUGCGGAAUUUAGAUGCCUUUUCAAAGUGGUCUACACUAACAUAAAAGGAAAACUAGAGGAGAUUGGCCGUACUGAAGUGAUUUUAAAUUCAUUGGAGCCCUCAUGGAUCACAAAGGUUACAAUGUCUUACCAAUUUGAGAUUGUGCCACCACUCAUAUUCAGGAUAUAUGAUGUUGACACAAAGUACCACAACACUCCAGUGAAGAUGUUGAAUUUGGCUCAGCAAGAUUUUCUGGGGGAAGCAUGCUGCAACUUAUCAGAGAUUGUAACAAAAUUUAACCACAGCCUGACGUUGAAUCUUGGAGUGAUUGUGGACAUGGACUUCAUGGAACAAUCACAGUACAUGCUGAGGAAAGAUCCCUUCUUAAGAAUAUCUAAAGUGGUUGAGACUGCUGGUCCCAUACCUAUCUGCAAAACGGAAGUAGUACCUGACAACUUGAACCCUGUUUGGAGGCCAAUCACUUUAACAUCACAGCAGUAUGGAAGCAAGGAUAACCCACUUCUAGUUGAGUGUUUUGAUUUUAAUUCCAGUGGUGACCAUGGCCUUCCAGAUGAGUCGGGCGGCCCAGAGACUGCUGACCCAGGAGUCCUGAUGGGGGCGGCUGGUGCUGCGGUGUCUUCAACGCUGUCGCUGCCCCUAUCCCCGCGGCCGCGGCCGACGGGCAACUGCUCGCCGCAGCUCCUCUCCGCCGCCUCCCCCCAGAACGUGCUCAUUACACGGCAUGAAGAGAAGGCAGCUGCAGUCCUGGAGUUCUAUGAUAACCUUAUUGGGACAGAUUAUGGUAGAGAAAGAACUAUCAACCUGGAUUCUCUUGGUUGUCCAAGCUUUGAGUUAUUUAAUCUGGAUCUGCCUUUCUCUGAGGAAGAGGUGUUCAAUUCCAUAAAGGAUCUGCCUCCUGAUAAGGCCCCGGGACCCGAUGGGUUUACGGGCAGAUUCUAUAAAUGCUGCUGGGCUGUUAUAAAAAAUGACAUAAUGGCUGCCAUACAGUCCCUUUGGAGUGACCGCCUUGAUGAGAUGGUCUCCCCAAAUCAGAGUGCCUUCGUUAAGAAAAGGUUCGUCCUGGACAAUUUCAUGAUGGUUCAGCAAACAGUGAAGUUCCUGCAUUCUCAGAACCUGCCCAGAAUACUCCUAAAAUUAGACAUCACCAAAGCUUUCGAUUCGGUUUCUUGGGCUUUCCUCUUGGAGGAAACAGUCCAGCAUACUUUCUUAGACUAUAUUUCCAGUGGAUUUGAGCUCAAUUUCAUGGUGGCUGUAGAUUUUACUGCUUUGAAUGGAGACACACGUGUACCACAGUCCUUGCACUACAUUGACCCCUCUGGCAGACCUAAUUCGUAUCAACAGGCAAUACUUGGGGUUGGCGAAGUUCUGCAGUUUUAUGACACUGAUAGGCGAUUUCCUGCAUGGGGUUUUGGAGCAAGGGCUCAGGGUCAUGUAUCACAUUGUUUUAACUUGAAUACAGCUACAGAUGACUGUGAGUGUUUCCCUUGCUGGACGACUAUGUUUGGGCCUGUGAUCAACAAAGCUGCAGAAAUUGCAAGCCAGUCCCUUCAAUAUUCAAACAAUAAAUAUUUUGUCCUCAUUAUCACAGAUGGAGUUCUCACUGACAUCCAAGAAACAAAAGAUUGUAUUGUAAGGACAUCAGACCUGCCAUUGUCGAUUCUCAUUGUCGGCGUUGGAAACGCUGAUUUCAAACAAAUGGAGAUCUUAGACACGGACAACGGUAAGCGACUGGAAAGCUCUACUGGCAGGAUCGUGACACGCGACAUCGUCCAGUUUGUCCCCAUGAAGGAAGUCCAAGGUGGGGAGAUCUCCGUCGUGCAAUCUCUUCUGGAGGAGCUGCCCGGUCAGUUCCUGCAGUACAUGCGCACUCGGGGGAUCAAGCCACAGCAGCAGCAGGCUCCGGGGCUUGCUUCAGCGCCCGUUUACCCUCCUCAGCAGUGA